AUGAGAGAAUGUCUGCAGGUAUCAAAAUCUGAAUUCCUUGAAUAAAUUAAUUUAGAAUGUUCUGGCUGCAUAUCAGCCCUUAAAGAUUUUAUUGCCCUCAACCGAAAAGACAAAUACAUUACCAUAAACUAAGAAAUUGCCAUCAAUGACGACUUGAUCGAUUCCCAAAAGAUAUCCAAGACUCUUGCAAAGCUUUAGAGUUAUGGAGAAUUAAUCAAAUCUACAAUAUCUAGCAUUUUUAAAAAGGCAACUCCACAAAACAAUAAGAAAAGAUGUCAACUGCAUUCUUUGAAACAAGUCCCAGAAAUCAACAUCUAGGAACAUGUUCAUCACAUUUGUAAUGACAUUGUGGAACAAAAUGAAAAUUGUAUUAUCUAAGAUAGAGAAUUUGAUUAUCAUUUAUAAAAUUACUUAAAAACCAAAAAAUUCUGUCCAUCUUGCAAAGAAAAUAUUUAGGCGGCUUUAAAGCAUUUUAAAUUAUAAAUCCCAUAACCUGAUUGUGCAUGCAGUAUUAUUUGCUAUAUUAAAUACGAUCAUUAGAAAUGUGAAAUUCAAAUUCCAUAUGAUGCAAUCUUAUUAAAUGCAUUAUUGAAUAAGGCACAAAUUCAACCUUUUUAUUAACAUGCCUCAACCAAAGAAGAUGCUUAAGAGGAGUUGUUGAUAUGCUUUGGACUUCUAAUUAAGGAGAAACUAACAACCCUCUAUAGAGAAAGGUAGUCUAUGGAAAUCAUUAAAUACACCUUCUAUCAGUAAAUAGGAGAAAUAUUUAAAAGGAGAUUGGAAAAUUAUAAUAAGAUGAAGGGGGAAUACUAAAGUCAAUUGGAAGAGUUGGAAUAGUUUUUAAAGAAUGAAGAUGAAUAAAAGGAUAAAUAAAGAAAGAAGAGACAAUUAAAGAAAAAGAAGAGAAAGGAACAAUAAUUAAGUUCUGAUGGAUCAGUUCGUACAAACUAUAUGCAGGAAUCCUCAAGAAGGUCAAUUUCACCUUCAAAUAGUGAGAAAAAUUUAUUGAAAUCUUUUGGAUGGCAGGGAAGUCCAUCAGUGUCUCCAUAAACAAGAAAGGAAUUAGAAUUCUUGUAAAAAGAACAUCUACAAGAGAUAAAUAAUAGAAGAAAAUAAUUAAGAGAAUAAACUAAACAAUGUUGGUGUGAAUGGUGUCACCAUCAUAAAUAAAAAUGA